AUGAAGUGUUUAGCAUUCUUCUUAGCAGGUUGGCUGCUGGAGACUUCAUCCGCCUCGCCCCCCGCCCAGCGAAAGGUGCUACAAGACCCACUGGAGGGCGUCAAAGUUGCCGAUCCGCGGCAAGCAUCACGACGAUUGCAUGGGAAAUUCCUCCACAUAACUGAUUUACACCCAGAUCCGUGGUAUAAAACCCAUUCAUCUGCCGAUGACGACCAUGCCUGUCAUAGAGGGAAGGGUCCCGCAGGUGUCUAUGGUAUGCCAACAUCGGAUUGUGACUCUCCGUAUGCCCUCGUGAACGCGACGUUUAAAUGGAUCGAGGAAAAUAUUCGGGAUAGCAUCGAUUUCGUGAUAUGGACGGGCGAUUCUGCAAGACACGAUAGGGAUGAACAAAUCCCCCGAAGCCGGGACGAGGUUUUGAACACGAAUAGAUGGACUGUGGAGAGGUUCCUGGAGACUUUCAGCAAGGCCGACGACCCCAAAAACAAUUUGAUAAUUCCUGUCAUCCCUACCUUUGGCAACAAUGACUUCCUUCCCCAUAAUAUAUUCCGAGCCGGCCCAAAUAAGUGGUUGGAUACAUACACAGAAAUUUGGAGCGAAUUUAUACCCGAGGAACAGCGACAUGGCUUUAGAAAUGGCGGCUGGUAUUACGUUGAGGUAAUUCCUGGCAAAUUGGCUGUCUUCAGUCUCAAUACCAUGUACUUCUUCAGUAACAAUGCCGCUGUGGAUGGCUGCUCCCAGCACUCUGAGCCUGGGUUUCAACACUUUGAAUGGCUUAGGAUCCAGCUACAGUUCAUGCGCGAACGUGGCAUGAAAGCAAUCCUCUCUGGACAUGUGGCCCCUGCUAGGACGGAGGGCAAACAGAUGUGGGACGAGAGUUGUUGGCAGAAAUAUGCUCUUUGGCUUCAACAAUAUCGGGAUGUUGUGGUUGGGGGACUAUACGGCCACAUGAAUAUCGACCAUUUCAUGGUCCAAGAUACCAAGGAGAUAUCUAUUCUCGAGGAAGGCAAGACCUCUGCAAGCCUAGAUAUGCGGGCCACAAUGGAUGACGAACUCACCAUCAACUCGGCAAGAAGCUAUCUAGAGGAGCUACGCGACCAUUGGUCUAACAUACCGGAUCCUAAACCAAUCAUAGAUAUGCAGUCCGAUCUCGAAGACAGUGGAAAGAAGAAAAGGGGGAAGAAGGAAAGGGAAAGGAAAAAGUUGCUUAGAAAAUUUGGUGGGCUAUGGUGCGAAAGAUUUCAGGUUACCAAUGUUGGCCCCAGUGUAGUACCAAACUACUUUCCGACACUUCGUGUUAUCGAGUACAAUAUUACAGAACUUGGUCAGGCCGCCGUUUGGUCUAAGGAGCAACAGAUACCUAUUGCUGAAGAGCAGAUGGAUUGGCUGGAUGUUAAUACAGAUGCAGCUAUCCCUGACCAAGUUGACGACCAAGACGAUGAUAUAUACUUUCCAGAGCUGGAAGGGGAAGACCAAUCAAUAUUGAAGAAAAAGAAGAAGGGUAAAAAAGGCAAAAAAGGCAAGAAGAAACCCAAGACACCCGACUUUGAUCUCCCUUCCCCACCUUCCAAGAGCUCACCCCCUGGUCCCGCCUACUCCCCUCAAACCCUGACUAUGCUUGGCUAUACUCAGUAUUUCGCAAACCUGACUUACAUCAACAACGAACCCCAAGCCAAGCAAACAAAUGGCAAAAAAUCUCAUCCUCGGCCUUUUCAGUAUGAGGUCGAAUAUGAUACGUUUACCGAUCCGGUAUACAAGUUGAAAGACAUGACUGUGGCGAGCUACCUGAAGUUCGCCCACAAAAUCGGGCUAUAUGAGCCGGGAAAGAAUGACCUGGUCGAUGAAUACGAUGAGCCAGAGGCAGAUGAUUCCGAGGAUUUUGACGAUGAUGACGAUGAGGAUGAGACCGAUGACGAAGGAGUUGGCUCCGAGAAGAAGAAGAAGAAGAAGAAGAAGAAGAAGCAUCGCAAACAGCGCCGCAAUAAGGCCUGGUUGCAAUUCGUUAAAUAUGCAUUUGUAGGGACUUUAGAUGAGGACAAGCUACAGUCUUUUGAUCCAGGCUCGGACCAGGAAUUUUGGAAUGGGAACUCAACCACGAUUGAGCUACAUGAUGGGGAAUUAUAG